GGCAACUCACACGCUGUCUGACAUCAGACAUGACAAGAGUUGGUUUAUCAAUGAGGGCGAUGUAUUCUUUAUGUUUUGAUUUUUAUAAAAUUUCUAACAAUUAAAAGUGGGUUUUAGUUAUUAAGAUUAUGUGAUUUAAUUUUAAUUUUAAGUGAAAAAGUGCUUAAGUAUUAGGAUAAUUUCCUAAAAGUGCUACAUUUAUGAAAGUUUGGUCCUAAUCGUUAAACAAGGAAUUGCUCAUUGAUUAUUCACUCGAUAUUCCUAAAAAAUAGCUAAAAUAUAAGUAAAGUUUGAAUAUGGGUGAUAAAGAAGAUUAUUUGACGUCGUAUCGAGUGUUUUUCGAGAACUUUGCGGCCACUGUGAAUCCCGAGGACCAGCUACCGGUUCACAUAGCUGGUUAUACCAUUACCGAAGCUGAACUGCCUGGCGAAGUACUUUACUGGACGACUCAAUAUUUGACAGAAAAACAAUGCCCACAAACGCUAAUGACGCCUCUGCGGCGGAUAAUACUUGACGAGGUGCAAGCCGCAUCGAAGAAGCAACCCAACGAGUUCGGAUACAAAUCCGACGAAUCAGUAUACAUAGCCCUUCGAUUGAUGCAAGCUGUAACUGCGCGCGUGAACAACGUGUGCCUGCGCUAUUUAGACAAUGCCCGACUGGACACACUGCCCCCGCCCCCGCCGCUUGCGCAGAGAGACCUCAAGACAGUGUCAUGUGCGACAAAGAAUUCCAGACGAGUCAUGGAGGAUCGGCAUGUCGAGAUUGGAAACUUGGAGGCCCUGUUUGGUAUCGAGACGACAGAGCCGACGAGUUUCUACGCGGUGUACGACGGGCACGCGGGCUCGGCGGCCGCCACCUACUGCGCCGCGCAUCUGCACCAGUACUUAGUGGAGAGCCCGCACUUCACCACCGACCUCAGGAGAGCGAUGCGCGACGCCUUCCUGCGGACUGACGCUGAGUUCAUCAGGAAAAGUAAUCAAGAGCGCGCGUGCGGCGGCAGCACGGCGGUGUGCGUGUCGGUGCGCGCGCGGCGGCUGCUGGCGGGCUGGGCGGGCGACUCGCAGGCGCUGCUCGCCAAGCGCAUGCGCCUCAUGCAGCUCGUGCACCCGCACAAGCCCGGCCGGCAGGACGAAAAAGAUCGAAUAGAGUCAUCUGGUGGAACGGUGAUGUACUGGGGCACGUGGCGGGUCAACGGACAACUCGCCGUCUCGAGAGCUAUUGGUGACGCGCAAUACAAGCCGUACGUGACCGCGCGGCCUGAGAUCGCCACAGUGGACCUCGACGGUGAUGAAGACUUCGUGGUGGUGGCGUGCGACGGGCUGUGGGACUUCGUCAGCGAGGACGACAUCGCGCUCGCAGUGUACAGACAGCUGGCCGCGGACCCUGAUGACUUGAAAGCAGUGACGAAGCGCCUUAUCGUGCAAGCAAAGCGGCAGGGAUCCGCAGACAAUAUCUCCAUAAUCGUGGUGUUCCUGAAGGACCCGCGUGACAUUGUCGCAGACAACUGCCCGCCCAUGGACCUUGGGCUGGACAACGCGUUGGCGAAUGCGCCGCCAUUCGCGGUGGACACGGAGGCGUGCAAGCGGCAAGUAGACGCUGCCGCCGCCGCCGCCGCCGCAGCCAUCUCGGGCGAGUGUAACGACGCCGAAGCUGACGCUGACGCGGACGCCGGUGACAAUGGCGUCGACAACUUCGACAGCGACAGCGAGGACCUCGGCCCGGAGACCGCCGUGGACGCCGAUGACAUUGACGCAGAAGCCAGGAACCACGAACCGGCGCCACCGACGCCUCCAGCUCAUACAGUGGAAGAGGGCCACGUCGACGGCGCUCUGGUGGAUAAUGUAGCUGAGAGCGGCGAGGAGUCUGAAGACGAGUGGAACUACUACAAAGGCGAGGGCGAGCGCGACGAGCAUAACCCCAGCGACGGGCCCGACGAGCCGCCGCACUCUGAGACACCUUGCCAGGACAAUUCGGCUUGGGAAAGCAGCUCUGUAGACAUGAAUAGUUCACCGUUAAAUCCCGAGGCACCAGUGUUCGUGCCGGGCUCUGUUGCUGGUGCUGACGUGCUGCUGGCCGAGUCUCCGCGCAAGCCGCUUCCCAUGGACGACAUAGAGCUCCCUGAUGUAGCACAGUUUGAAACAGAAGCCGAUAUCAGGCCAGCAGAACUACUAGAUUUAGACAACUGUGAUCAACUUAAUGGCCAUCAUAAUGUAUCAGUUGAUGAAGCUGUAAAGGAGCCAUUCAAUGGUAACGAUGAGAGGUGCACCAUGGACAGUUUGGGCUUUGGAUUCAAUGUGGGCAUUGAACCUGACAAAGUCAAGGAAACGGCACUUAUACAAGACUUUGAAAGAAUACAGAAAGACACAACAGAUUUCUGUAACAUUCAGGUAUUCCAAACACACACUGAAACAAAUCCUUUUGAUGAUGAGGGUAAUGAUGAAUUAUUUGAAAGACUGAAAAAUAAGGAGAGGGACCCAAUGAGCAUGAGCUUUUAUCAGGAGAAAGAUGAUGACACAUGUGAAAGACUUUCCAAAAAUGAAUCACAUGUUGAUCUUAAUGCUGUCCAGCCGUUACCUGACAGUGAUGAUGAGGACAUUCAACAAAAUGGAGUAUGUGAAAAUGUGAAAGAUAUUGAUAAAGAAAAUCUUAAUCCUGUUCAAAAUAGAGUCUUGUAUGAUACAGAAACAAAUAUGCUUGAGCCCAACAAUGACAUUAUGAUUUUAAAUGAUAAGACAGACGCUUUUUCAAAUAAUUUGUGCAAUCUUGGACAAGAGGAUAAUUUUGUGGACUACAAUAUUACUAGUUCAGACAAUAUUCAGUCCUUAUCUAAUAUGGAAUUUGAAAACAGUAAUAUUACUCAGGAAACAGUUUUGCAAACGGAUACUCCUGAAUCUCAUAAAUUAUUGUUUGAACAAAUUCCUGAAAUACCUGACGGAAAGAGUUCUGUACUUGGAUUUACUAAUGAUGAUAAUCAGGAUCCUUCAGAAAGUGAGAAAGACACAAGAGUCAUCACACCACAAGAUGAAUUGUCACAGGAAGAUAUGGAGUUCAAAAUUGAAUCUUGCACAGAAGAUCUACAGGGUCAAGUUACGGAAGAAAUACAUGAGCAGUUAGGAGCAGAGCGUGUCCAAUCUGUUCCCAGUGAUGAAUCUAAUGAUGUUGCUUUUACAGUUGAUAACCAAGAUAGUCAAAUUGAAUCACCAUUAGAGAUUCCUUCCGAUAAUCAACAGGCAGAACAAUCUCAAGAUAUAAUUUCAUCUGAAGUGAAACAAGAUAUACAAGAUAACAUUGAAGUUGAUGUUCACCAGCACAUUGAUAUACCGAAUGAAGUGAUUGAUGAAGUUGAAGAGAUGUUUGGAAGAUCAGAAAAAAAAUUGGCUGCUGAUGUACCAGAAGUGCUAAUAAAUACAAUUUCCAGUGAAAAUACAUAUCUUGAUGAGCAGUUUAUGUCUGAGGAGAUCUGUGAAUCACAAGAGAUUAUCCAAUCUGAAUCAUUGGCACAAGAAGAAUCUUUGGUUUUAAAAGAAUCUACUCCAAGCCAGUCUCCAAUGCCUACAGAGUCACCAUUGCCUGAAGACCAUGCUCUUCAAUCAAAUGAGGUGCCUGCUGCUGGUGUUUCACCAUUACCUAUGGAAGACAUAACAUCUCAUCCGUUGUCUAUGCCUGAAGAAGCUAUCCAUCCUGAAGAAAUUUCAAUUUCAAAAUCGCCACUGCCUAGUGACUUUAAUGAAGUAGAGGGUGAGUCUUUACAAUCACAAUCUCCCUUGCCUAUUCAAACAGAGUUUGAAAUGAAUGAAGCACCAAUUAGUACCAUGGAUCACAUUUCUGAAGAUAAUGUAUUAAGAGACGGUACAAAUGUGACGCAAUCCCAACCAUUACCCGAGGUGCCAAUAACAGAAAGUUUAUCGCCGAGUGAAACAUUGAUUCCCGCAGAAUCACCUGUUCCGGAAGAACACGAAGCGCAAAUCGAGUUAUGUUCACCUGAAGUAUUGCCUGCAGAGGUUUCAGAACCCACAUUGGUGCAUGAAGAAACAAAUAUUACUGAAAUGUCUUCCACAAUGCAUGAGGUUCAAGAGGCUCUUGAUGACAUCGUUGCAGAGGAGAUAUCCAUGGAACUACGAAAUAAAUCGCCUUUGCCUGCUGAAGUACCUCUGCCAAGAGAAUCACCAAUUCCUCCUGAAUCGCCGGUUCCCGCGGAAUCACCUGCCCCGACGGUAUCACCUACUCCAAUUGAGUGUGAGAUCCGAGACGAGUCUACGUUUGCUGUUGACAAUAGUCUUUUAGCCGAAACUAUGAUCGUGACCGAAUCUCCAGUGCCGACAGAAUCUCCCGUUCCGGCUAUGUCACCCAUUCCUAGAGAGUCUCCCAUUCCGGCCAAAUCGCCCAUUUCACAAGAGUCUCUUGUCCCGACCGAAUCGCCACUUCCAGUGGAGUCUCCAGUCCCGUCCAAGUCGCCUGUUCCGGUCGAAUGUCCUGUCCCUGUAGAGUCCCCAACCCCGGUCGAGUGUCCCGCUCCUGCUAAGUCACCUAUUCCGGCUGAAUCCCCAGUGCCGGCCGAAGCUUCCUUAUCCGCGGAGCCGGUGUCCACUAUCGAGUCUUUCCCAGUUUCGACGGAACCUAUAAUUUUGCCUAAAGAAUCUGUCGAAGAGGCUUCCGCACCGGCAAAAUCUCUCAUUCCUGUUGAACUGACGGAACCGAUAGACCAACUUACGCUGGAACAACCAUCUCCGCAAGUUACAACUCUAAUGAAUGAAUUUAUUUCACAAACUGAUCAAGUUGAACCCUCCUUUGUAGUGCAUUCUCCCGUGCCGGAGACUUCAAGCGCUCCCGCUCCGGACGUGGUGCCUGACGAGUCUAUUGAUCAUGGCCACCUUUCGCGGUCAGAGCUUGUUACUGAUAUAGAUAUUGGCAUUCCGGAAUCGCAUGCACAGGAAAUAUGUGUACCUGUCACAAGCGAAAUUCAUCUCGACGAGACAGUGCAACCGCCCGCUGCGACCACUCCACCGCCAACUCCUGCCGUGGAGCCCGCGCCGCCAGCCGUCAGCGAGGCACCGUUGGCCGCCGACCCCGCCGCCCCAGCGCUCGCGGCCGCAGCAGUCGCCGCCGCCGGAGUAGCCGUCGCUGGCGCUGUGGUGGCCGCUAAAUCUAAAACAUCCGCACCAGCAAAGAAGUCUCCCACUACACCGACUGCAAAAUCUGAUUCGCGAACGACGAAAGUCGCACCGAAAGCGUCCACUACACCUCGGACACCUACUGCAGCAGCCAAAAAACCUGAAACCGGAAAACCUGCGACCGUCCCGUCUCGCCCGACAACUACGAAAACUCCAACCACCGCUUCAAAAACUUCGACACCGGCGACAAAAGCUGCCACUGCGACCUCCAAGACUACCACGCCCGCUUCUAAACCAGCGACACCGGCGACCAAAGCUGCGACACCUGUCAGCCGAACGACGUCGGCCACGAAACAGGUGAUCUCCGCCACGAAGACUACGACAACUGCCUCGAAACCGACGACGCCAGCUGCAGCUGCAGCGAGUCGUACCAGUAAUGCUAAACCUGGAUCGCCGAUCACAAAGCCGGCCGUUCGCGAAGCUCCCGCUGCCGCGCGCGCCGCCCCUAAAUCAACGGCGGCACCGCGACCCGCGGCCCCCAAGCCCGCGCCCAAGGCGGCACCGGUUCCCCGGCCAGCGCCCGCGCGCGUUGCUCCCGCCGCCGCCAAGCCUGCUCCCGCUAAGCCGAAGCCGAAGCCCGCGGACAAGCCAUUGACCAACGGCGACGCUAAGGACGUUAAGCCAGCCGCCAAGCCGGCGCCGCGCCCUGCCGCCGCGCGCCCCGCCCCGCGCGCUCCCGCCGCCGCGCCUCCCAAGACUGCCGCUGCUAAGCCUGCACCCCGAGCCACUGCUCCUCUUGAUAAACAAAGCAAGGAUCUCGCAAAUAAACGCAUUACGGCCAAAACCGCACCUCCAAGGACUGCCUUAACUAAGACCGCACCGGGGGCUAAGAAUGCCGUUAUGAAGUCCGUGCCGAAGAAGGCGGCGGAGUCGCCGAAGAAGGAGCAGGCGGUGAAGGGUCUGGCCAACGGCGGCGCGGAGUCGCCGGUGAAGUCGCCGCCGAGCCCGCCCGCGCCCGACAACGCUUUGCUGCCAGACGUGAUCGCGUGAAUGCGUCGCGUCCACACGGAUUCCGAUUCCUAGUAUUUCCGCUUGAAUUUUGUGAUUUUCUGUAAUUGUACGAUAGUUUUAAAGUCGCUCGCGGCGACGAGUCGACGAGUCGUUAGGUGCGGGAGAGAUCCCAGUUUUAUAUGAUAGAGUCGCUUUUGUGGAGCGGGGAGGCGCGGGGCGUCCGUUUUCGGCGUCGCGGCGGCGAGCCCGACUAACGGCACGCUCGCCUCCCGAACUCGCGCGAACCUUUAUUAUCCAUUAUUAUAAGUCUGUUUUAGAAUUUUAUAUUACCAACGAAUGAUUGAUCAAAUCUGGCUUUUAAUUUAUUUUCUUUGUAUAACCGUAUUAUUAUUUAAAUAAAAAGUGAGGAAGGACUGA